GGGAAAGUCAGCGGAGAGGAUCGGGCCUCGCCGCCUCGCCGCCUCGCCUCUUCUCAUGAUGGCAAGGAGCCGGCAGAGUUGCCGUGGCUGGUGUCGAAGCCCUGGAGGGUCUUCAGCGACGCCAACAUCUACGAGGAGGAUCCAGAACUCAACUGCCGUCUGCUCAACCCUGUACUUCCUUUGCCCGAUGUGGAGGUUGAGGUGUGCUUGCAGAUGUGGGCGCGCGAUCCAGGCCAGCAGACCACCUCCUCGUCCUCAAGGCAUGGCGCCGUUGCGCCCGCCAGCAGUCCGCAAGGUGAGCUGGCUACGGGGCGUGCGCUGCGGAUCAGCGGCCUGGCGGACUCUGCAAAGAAUGCCCAGCGCUUGAUGGGCGUCUACGUGGAGUUGGCCGAGCAGCAUGGCGGCCGGCCUAGCUUUGCCAAACAGGACCAGGCGAAGCCCAGCUGCUUGUACUUCCACGCAGAGAAGGAGAAGUGGCGGGUGGCCAAGUCCCUCAGUGAGAAGGGCGACUUUGCCCACGUCAAGGACAGCUCUGAGCUUCCGUGGCAGGUGAGUCGGCCCUGGAAGGUGUUCGAUGGGGAGCACCACAAGGAGGUGGCCUUGCUGCAGGUGUGCCAGGUGGACAGAUCUGCUGAGGUCGCUCCCUCGCCCAAACCGGCACGCAAGAGGAGGCGUGCGGAGGUUCUGGACGAGAUGCCGCUGGAGGUCCUGACCUGCCUGCCUGAGGACGCAGCUCCGACCCACCCCGCGCACGGCGCGGUGAGGUGGGAGGCGGCGAACAGCCGCGCCAAGUUUACCCACAAUGGUGUGACGUUCCAGGCCACAAAGAACGGCUGUGGCUCGCAAGCGGCGGCCAUGGUCAUCGCGCGGGCCUGCUACGUGAAGCUCGCGGAGGGCGCAGACCGGGAGGAGGUCCUCCAAUUCCGGGACGCGAGCAUGCAGCAGGCUAAGGAGAUUCACAGGAGCGCCUCUGAGGUGCCGCCGGCGCCUUCCGGCGAGGAAGGCGAGCGUGGAGAGGUUGAUGGUGCCGGACCGCCUUCGAAGCAGGCUCGGACGGAAGCAACCGGAGACGAUGCAACCUCCCUCAGCAGUUCCAGCAGCUCCGACUCCGACAGCGAUGCGGCCAAGGACGGAGAUGACUCUUCCUCUGAAGGUGCUUCGGGCUAUGGCCGCUUGCAGCCCGGCCGGCCAGCUCCGGCAUUGGGGAGGGCUUGCGCCAAGAUGGCGGUCAGGACUGGCUUGCGCUGCUACAAGUGCUACCAGGAGAAGCACCGGUGCCGUUGCAAGUAGCGCCCAGCUUUCGCCCCUCGAAAUCCUGAGAGUGCAAACGGCUGGUCCUUUGUUGAGGUGGG